AGUUUACUAAUCUAAUGAGUAAUAAUUUGAUAUUUUAAGUCCAUGUCUCUGCUUCUACUUAUUUAACACGCAGUACUUUUGGAGUACUUUCCCCUGUACGGAGUACUCCCCCCCCCCGCUGUCAGCCUCUCAUCUCCCGCCUUCCAUCAUCUCGUCGGCGGAUCAGUUCGAUGAAUUAUUGAUCCGAUGAUGUGAUGGCAAACCGGAAGUGAACGUCACCGUCACGGGAGCGGGACUGGAGAGAAAAAGGGGGCAUCAUGACGAGCGGACCGUCAAAUCCACUGUGAGGAAACGCGGAUCCCCGUUUCAGCCUCCAGCCGGCUGACAACAUAGAGGCCGAGGAGACGAUGCGCUGUGCGGCGGCAGCACGAAGGGCCCCGGUGCGUUGCUAGAUGGAGUCGGAGCAGCUGUACCACCGAGGCUACUGCAGGAACAGCUACAACAGCAUCGCCAGCGCCAGCAGCGACGAGGAGCUGCUGGAUGGAGCCGGCGUCGCCAUGGACUUCCACACCACCGAGGACGACAACCUGCUGGAUGGGGACGCUGCCUCCCCAGGGUCUAACUACGUCAUGACUAACGGGGGCGGGGCGCCCAGCACCACCACCCACCUGUUGGACUUCCUGGAGGAGCCCAUCCCUGGUGUGGGGACCUACGACGACUUCCACACCAUCGACUGGGUCCGUGAGAAGUGCAAGGACCGGGAGAGGCACCGGAAGAUCAACAGUAAGAAGAAGGAGUCGGCAUGGGAGUUCACAAAGAGCUUGUACGACGCCUGGUCGGGGUGGCUGGUGGUGACGCUCACCGGCUUGGCCUCAGGUGCUUUGGCCGGCCUGAUUGACAUCGCUGCUGAUUGGUUGAACGACCUGAAGGAGGGCGUGUGCCUGAGCGCCAUGUGGUUCAACCACGAGCAGUGCUGCUGGACGUCCAACGAGACCACCUUCGCCGAGCGGGACAAGUGUCCCCAGUGGAAGAGCUGGGCCGAGCUGAUACUGGGGCAGGCCGAGGGCCCCGGCUCGUACAUCAUGAACUACUUCAUGUACAUCUACUGGGCUCUGUCCUUCGCCUUCCUGGCCGUCUGCCUGGUCAAGGUGUUCGCUCCCUACGCCUGCGGCUCGGGGAUCCCUGAGAUCAAAACCAUCCUGAGCGGCUUCAUCAUCCGGGGCUACCUGGGCAAGUGGACCCUGAUGAUCAAGACCGUCACUCUGGUACUGGCGGUGGCGUCCGGCCUGAGCCUGGGGAAGGAGGGCCCGCUGGUCCACGUGGCUUGCUGCUGUGGGAACAUCUUCUCCUACCUCUUCCCCAAGUACAGCAAGAACGAGGCCAAGAAACGAGAGGUUCUCUCGGCUGCGUCGGCCGCCGGCGUGUCGGUGGCUUUCGGAGCCCCGAUCGGAGGAGUCCUCUUCAGCCUGGAGGAGGUGAGCUACUACUUCCCCCUCAAGACGCUGUGGCGCUCCUUCUUCGCCGCCCUGGUGGCGGCCUUCGUCCUGCGCUCCAUCAACCCGUUUGGAAACAGCCGCCUGGUGCUGUUCUACGUGGAGUACCACACGCCGUGGUACCUGUUCGAGCUCAUCCCUUUCAUCCUCCUGGGGGUGUUCGGGGGCCUCUGGGGCGCCUUCUUCAUCCGAGCCAACAUCGCGUGGUGCCGCCGGCGCAAGUCGACGCGCUUCGGCAAGUACCCGGUGUUGGAGGUGAUCCUGGUGGCGGCCGUCACGGCCGUGGUCGCCUUCCCCAACCCGUACACGCGCCAGAACACCAGCGAGCUGAUCAAGGAGCUGUUCACCGACUGCGGGCCGCUGGAGUCCUCGCAGCUCUGCCAGUACCGCAGCCAGAUGAACGGCAGCAAGGCCUUCACCGACAACCCCAACCGGCCGGCGGGGCCCGACGUCUACGCCCCCAUGUGGCAGCUGUGCCUGGCGCUCGUCUUCAAGAUCAUCAUGACCAUCUUCACCUUCGGACUCAAGGUGCCGUCGGGUUUGUUCAUCCCGAGCAUGGCCAUCGGGGCCAUCGCGGGGCGCAUCGUCGGCAUCGCCGUGGAGCAGCUGGCCUACUAUCACCACGACUGGUUCGUGUUCAGGGAGUGGUGCGAGGUGGGGGCGGACUGCAUCACCCCGGGGCUCUACGCCAUGGUGGGGGCGGCGGCGUGUCUGGGCGGCGUGACCCCCAUGACCGUCUCCCUGGUCGGCAUCGUCUUUGAGCUGACCGGCGGGCCUGAAGACAUCGUCCCCCUCAUGGGCCGCGUCAUGACCAGCAAGUGGGUGGCGACCGCGUUCGGCCGCGAGGGAAUCUCACGAGGCCACAUCCGCCUGAACGGGUACCCCUUCUUGGACGCCAAAGAAGAGUUCACGCACGUCACGCUGGCCCGCGAGGUGAUGAGGCCCCGGCGCAGCGACCCGCCGCUGGCGGUGCUGACGCAGGACGACCUGACGGUGGACGAGCUGCAGAGCACCAUCAACGAGACCAGUUACAACGGUUUCCCCGUGAUCGUGUCCAAGGAGUCCCAGAGGCUGGUGGGCUUCGCUCUGCGCAGGGACAUCACCAUCGCCAUAGAAAAUGCGCGUCGCAAGCAGGAGGGCAUCAUGUUGAACUCGCGGGUUUACUUCACCCAGCACGCGCCCACGCUGCCCGCCGACAGCCCCCGCCCCCUCAAGCUGCGCUCCAUCCUGGACAUGAGCCCCUUCACCGUCACCGACCACACCCCCAUGGAGAUCGUGGUGGACAUCUUCAGGAAGAUGGGGCUGCGCCAGUGUCUGGUCACUCACAACGGGAUUGUUUUGGGCAUCAUCACAAAGAAGAAUAUAUUAGAGCAUCUGGAGGAGCUCAAGCAGGACAAGGAGCCCCUGGCGGCUUCUUGGUAUUAUCACAAAAAAAGACAUCCUGCGUCACAUGGCUCAAAUGGCAAACCUAGAUCCCGAGUCAAUCAUGUUCAACUGAUCCGCUCCUUCCAGGACGGCAGAGGAGGAGGAGGAGGAGGUGGCGACGACAGCGAGGAGGAGGUGCACCUCCUGGACGGCUCCAAUCUCUGAUAUUCGGACCCCAUUUUCUGUUGUUUUUGUUUUUAGUUUUCAGCUUUGUAGGCUGUGAAGCUCGCGUACUGACUGUGGCCCCCCAGAGACUUAAGGGCCGUGAGACACAACGGACAUGAGGACUUAUUAGGAUUCUGGCUGCUGAGGACACGCGGAAGGACACGAGGAUUGACGAUUGCACUUUUUACACAUAAACACACGUACAAAAUCACUAAACACACACACACACACACACCUUUGCUCUCGCAGACACCUCAAACAUGCAUGCUCUCUCUCCACAUACACACAACCUGUAAAGAGACACCCAUCCGCACCCUUCCUGUGCCUCCCCCUCGCCUCCGCUGAGGCCGUGGUAGACGUCGCCUGGCAGGGGUCAAAGGUCAGAAUGACCCGCCCGAUGAGAGACGCGAUGAGGGACCUCGGAACCCUCCAGGCUUCAGUUCCCUUUCCUGCCUGCACGCUCGCCAGGCCUGUCCGUCCGCCAGAGGAGUACAUUGUUUACCUGAGAUUGCGUGCGUGUGCGUGUGCGUGUGCGUGUGCGUGUGCGUGUGCGUGUGUGUGUGUGUGUGUGUGCGCGUCACUACAUUCCAGCCGGGAACCGAGAGGACGUGCACCUGCUCCUCCCUUCACCUGGCUGCUUCUACCAGGUGCACGUUGGUCGACACGGGAUGGCUUUAACAAGGGUGUGUGUGUCUUUGUGUGUGUGUGUGUGUGUGUGUGUGUGUGUGCGAUGGGCGGGGUCACACAUCGAUGGGUUCUGUAUUUCAAGAAUAGUUCCCCGUCUGAAGGAAAAAAGUAAAACCUUUGAAAACAUGCGAUUCUUUCUGAGCCAGUUUCCUGUGUGUGUGUGUGUGUGUGUUUGUGUGUGUGUUGCUUCAUUCAGUGUGACGGUCUUGUGUCCACGUCGGGUUCCUCUGUUCUGUUACAGGAAACAAAAUGUAUCAAAAUUGAGUUCUUCUCAAACUGCGACAACUUUAAGACUUUUGAUCCUGAUGUAAUCGACUGAGUUUUUCUGGCUUGAACAAAACUAAAACUGGAAGUCUGUAAUGUUUUUAAAUGGCCGCUGGUGACUUUUCUUUUCUUUCUGCAUUCUGCCCUCGUCUUCGUGAAAAAAGCGUCUUUUACUUCCAAGCAAGAAAUUAGUGUUUUGUAUAUUUUAUUCCCCUUAAUCAGAGGGACUAUUAAACACUCCAGCUGUCAAACAUCUGAUUUUCCACUUAAUGGGGACAACAAAUGUAAAGUUGUAUCAUCACACUUUGAUUAAACAACAUUUCCCAACAGCUGUUAGUGUUUGAUUGAAGAUGUUAAAUUCUGAAUAGAGAUUAAUGGCAAAAUACAGGAAGUCAAAACCAACUUUAAAGGUGAUUAAAUGUCCAACAAAAAACACUCAAGCCCAAGUUUGAAUAAAUAUAGUAGCUUCUGAAAUGUUUCCUCACAUUUUAGAAGCGGUUAUCGGUACAUUCUGAGGUUAUAAAUCCACAUAAAUAAGUUAAAUGCUUCAGCACGGACGAGCUGCAGCGUUUCUUUCUUCCAGCCAGAAUGAAGCCGGCGCCCCCAGUGGACCUUCACUUGGAGAUGGUGACCUCUGGAGCUCCAGUUAUCUCUUCAAUCUCAAGUCACAUCUGGUUAAUCCUCUCAGCGACAUCCAUGUAAAACAUCUGCCGAGUGCCUGAGAGGUUGGUUUUCUUUCACAAACACUUUCAUCCCCAAAAGUCCCAGAAGAGAGAGACAAAAGUCCCGAGUUCACCUCCCACCUCGUCCGCAGAACGUUCCUGUUUGCAGCGAUGGAGCAGCCGGGACAGACGGAAGCACUUUUGUGUGUGUGUGUGUGUGUGUGUGUGUGUGUGUGUGUGUGUGUGUGUGUGUGUGUGUGUGUGUGUGUGUGUGUGUGUGUGUGUGUGUGUGUGUGUGUGUGUGUGUGUGUGAGAGGGGUCAGGUGUUGUUGUUAACCAGUGGUGUUGCCUAACGUAUUUCAUACUGAUCUCGAUGUUUUCUCCUUUUUCUUUUCUUCAUUUAUGUGUCGAUGGAGUUGUUCGUUAUUAUGAAGAAUCUUAUGUUUAAUUGUACAUUUAAAACAAAAUAUGUAAAGAUUACAUUUUGGUUUAAAUUAAAAGGAACAAGAACAA